CCAGCAGCCUGCCAAAACCCUACCCCCGGCGAUCCCCUUCCCUCCUCGCUCCCCCCGAUGAUCCCAUCCGAGCCCUUGCCCCCCGCGGCGGCGGCCCCCGAGCCGUGGCGCUCCACGCGGAAGCGGAGGAAGUCCAGAGCUGCAUUGGAGGCCGAGGAGGACGCCGAGGCGGAGGCAGAGCUCGAGCGCGAGAUGUCGCGCGGCAAGCGCCGGCGCGGGGCGGCCCGCAGGAGAGCGGCCGAGGUGAAGCGGCCUGUGGGUGUGCACAAGCCGCAGGGGGUGGCGGCGGCAGAGGCGCCGCGGGUGAUGGAGGUGGGCGACGCGGGCCGUAGGGCGAUCGGCGAGGACAAUGCCUGCGCCGAGGAGCCGGGCGCGGUGGACAUGUCCCGCGCCACCUGGCGGCGGCGCAAAGCGGCCGCCUUGAUGGAGGCCGAUGCGGACGCGGAGCACGAGUCGCGCGGCAAGCGCCGGCGCGGAGCGGCGGGGACGGCCUGCAGGAGGAGAUCGGGCAAGGACAAGCCGGAGGAGCCUGUGGCGGUGCUCGUCGCGGAGGUGCCGGGGACGAUGGAGGUGGGCGACGCGGGCCGUCGUGGCGCGAUGGUCGGCGACGACGACGUGUGCGCCGAGGAGCCUGACGCGGAAGAGUUUCUGACGGAGGAGGAGGAGGCCGCGCUCGAAGCAGAGGAGCAGGCCAUGGAUGGAGCACGGUCCGCGGCCGCGAGGAAGAGGGUCGCGAGGCCGAGGGCAACGGAUAGAACGGCGGUGGACGACGGCGCCUCAUCGGAGGACCACUUUGUGGGCGAGCCGGUGCCGGACGAGGAGGCGCGGCGUCGGUGGCCGGCGAGGUACAGAACCAAGGAUUCUGCAGAUUCAGACGCCAGGCGCAGGUCUGACGGGGAGAUCACUGAAACUCUUGCCCGAUGCCACUACCGAACAGCUUGUGUGGAUGGCGUCAACUUUGAUAUUGGCGAUGAUGUGUAUCUGAAGGCUGGUCCCGGUGAGGAAAACUACAUUGCCCGGAUUACGGAGUUUUUUGAAGGAAUAGAUCAUGGAUCAUAUUUCGCCGCUCAUUGGUUUUACCGUGUGACAGAUACGGUUAUCUCACUGCAGCUGGUGGAGGUUGAAGAUCAUAAACAUGAUCAUAAGCGCAUUUUCCUUUCAGAUCAUAAGGAUGAUAACACGAUCGACUCAAUAAUCUCUAAAGUUAAUGUCAUUUAUGUUGGCCCAAAUAUGACACUUGAAGCAAAAUCAAAGAUUAUAGAGGAGUCAGAUUUCUAUUAUGACAUGUCGUACUCGCUGGCAUGUUCCACCUUUGCAAAUAUGCCAGCAGAUAUUGGUAUUGCAACAGGUAGUGAAGCAACAUCAGAUAUUUCUAGUGAUGAUGUUGAUUCUUCUAAGGAGAAACCAAAUGAUGACCUUGUGUCACCACCUGAUGCUCAAAUGAAAACGGCAGCACUGCUGGAUCUUUACUCAGGAUGCGGUGCCAUGUCAACCGGGCUUUGCCUAGGUGCUGCAUUAUCUGGCAUAAAGCUGAUUACACGAUGGGCUGUAGAUCUGAACACUCAUGCUUGCAGUAGUCUAAAGCACAACCACCCAUUCACACAGGUACGAAAUGAGAAGGCCGAGAAUUUUCUUUCUCUCAUUCGGGAGUGGAAUACACUUUGCAAAAAAUUUGACGUCCAUAAAAGCAUUUCUUUGAGCUCUGAUCUACCACGGACUUCGAACGAAAAUGAAGAAUAUGGAAAUGAACCUCUCCUGAAGGGUACAUUUGAGGUAGAGAGACUUGUUGAUAUAUGCUACGGUGAUCCAAAUAGCAUGGGAAAAGUUGGUUUGUGGUUUAAGGUGCGAUGGAGAACGUUUGAUCCUAGUGAGGAUACAUGGGAGCCAGUUGGUGGCCUUAGCGAUUCCCCUGACUGUAUUAAAGAAUUUGUUCAAAAUGGAUACAGGGAAUCCAUUUUACCCUUGCCUGGCUGUGUGGAUGUUAUCUGUGGGGGUCCUCCUUGCCAAGGCAUCAGUGGAUUUAACCGGUUUAGAGAGUCCGAAGCUCCGCUGAACGAUGAAAGGAACAAACAGCUGGUUGUGUUUAUGGAUAUUGUGAACUACCUGAGACCCAAGUAUGUUCUAAUGGAGAAUGUUGUAGAUAUUCUAAAAUUUGCAGAUGGCUUUCUUGGGAGGUACGCAUUGAGUCGCCUUGUCGCCAUGAGUUACCAAGCCAGACUAGGGAUGAUGGUUGCAGGAUGCUAUGGUCUACCACAGUUUAGGAUGAGGGCAUUCCUCUGGGGAGCUCUUCCUUCAGUGGUACUCCCAAAGUACCCUCUCCCCACCCAUGAUGUGGUUAAGCGCGGAUUAGUGCCAAGAGCAUUUAUGCAUUGUCUGGUUGCAUAUAAGGAAAAUGAAUAUAGACACUUGGAAAAAGCUCUUGUCCUUGGAGAUGCAAUAUCUGACUUACCCAAGGUUGGGAAUCAUCAACCCAAUGAUGUGAUGGAGUAUUCUAUUAAGCCAAAAACAGAAUUCCAACACUAUAUCCGGCUCAACCGUCAAGACAUGAAAGAUUACUCACAUGGAGAUGUUACUCCUAAGGAAGGGCAGCUAUUUGAUCAUCAACCACUACAAUUAAAUAGAGAUGAUUAUGAACGAGUGCAGAAGAUUCCUAUAAAAAAGGGGGCCAACUUCCGUGAUUUGAAAGGUGUCCGGGUUGGGAAAAACAAUACAGUUGAGUUUGUUCCAGAUAUUCCUCAAGUAGUUCUGUCUUCUGGGAAGCCAUUGGUUCCUAGCUAUGCCAUGACCUUUAACAAGGGGAAGUCACUGAAACCUUUUGGCCGACUGUGGUGGGAUGAAACAGUUGCAACUGUUGUCACUAGAGCUGAGCCUCACAACCAAAUUAUUUUGCAUCCCACACAGCACCGAGUUCUGACCAUCCGAGAAAAUGCAAGGCUGCAAGGUUUCCCAGACUACUACAGGCUGCUUGGCCCUAUAAAAGAGAAAUAUAUUCAAGUUGGGAAUGCAGUUGCCGUCCCAGUGGCUAGAGCUCUAGGGUAUUCGCUUGGACUGGCUUACCAGGGUAAAUUCCACGGGGACCAGUCCCUCUUCAAGCUUCCUGGGAACUUUAUUCCUAUUGAUCAUGCAACAGAGACAAGAGUAGCAUCCCUAGGUGCUUCUAAAGGGGAAGUAGUGGAGACAGAAUAGUUUUCUGACCGACUAGGUUGAUUUGGUGUAUGUACUUGAAUGAGGAGUUCUCCCAACAUUUUUACCUAUUCAUGAAAAUUGAUUUAUCCAUACACCAAACACUUGUUAACCUCUGUAAGUUGUAAAUCAGAAAAGAGAGUUUUUCCAUUACAUACAAGUCUGUUCUUUCAA